CAAAUGAAUUGCCACAACAAAUGACGGUUCAACUACUAUAAAAGCUGUAGUCACGGUGGAAGAGGAACCUACCACACGCGUGGCCCCAGGUGAAACGUUCAGGAGCAUCGUAAGGGUCGAACUGACGGUGAGCAGCGUGGGUGGUGUUCCUAUUGUGUUCACCAUUGAACUAGAAAACGAUACAUCGGCUGCUUUUCAUGAUAUGGAACAAACAUUUUGUGGAGAGACUACGAACUUUUUGAGGUCAAACUUGAGUUCAGCUGAAAACAUUUCGUGUGAUGCCGUCUCCUUCCGGAGGGGUAGCGUGAUCGGUGAUCUAGAGAUCACUCUCUUGGCUUCAUCGCAGUCAUUGGCUGAUAGUCUUAGCAGUUCGGUUGCGGGUCUGAACCUGGAAAACGCAAACUUGGGAUCGCUUUAUGUCAUAUCUUUCAGUGUGGAUAAUAGGGAUAGCUGUCAGAGCGAUACUUGCAGAAAUGGAGGAACCUGUACGGACGGAUUUAAUGAUUUCUCCUGCGCAUGCGCAGAAGAUUACAGUGGGAAGGACUGCUCAACAUAUAGGGAUAGCUGUCAGAGCGAUACUUGCAGAAAUGGAGGAACCUGUACGGACGGAUUUAAUGAUUUCUCCUGCGCAUGCGCAGAAGAUUACAGUGGGAAGGACUGCUCAACAUACAAUGGUAGUGGAGGCCUUCUGAAGGGUGCUAAAAUAGGCAUCGUUCUUGGGUCUGUGGCAGGAGUCCUUUUGAUAGUAGUUAUCAUCGUUUGUGUAGUCAUGGUGAAAAAGAAUAAGAAGAGUGGUCGAGGAAAUAAGGCUAUGGUGACCGGAAGCAGGAAUCGGGUGGGCCCAUCGUCCAGACAAUCGGAGGAAUGGCAAACUGAAGAUCAAGUUAUGCUGGCCAUUGAAGACAGACGAUACCAAGGAAACAGAAAAUCACCAGAAUCUGUCGGCGUGAAUAACUCUGCAAAUGAUGUUGUUUCAGAAACCAAGCAGUAGAGAACACUUAUCAAAAUGGAUCCCGAUAUACCCAGCUGCCAUGGCUAGGCCUUCAAAAGCGGAUUUUUCUUCCUUCCAUUUCUUUCAUUCAAAAUGUGAUUCCGUCCAUCAAAUUAAAUUCUGUAUUCACCCCUCCCCGUAGCGUGUAGCUGUAGUUUUUGAAUAAAAAAGAAAUAUCGGAAAAAUAUAUAUUUUUUAAGUACCAUAGCAAUGCUGUAUCUGUAUAUAUGCCAAAAAAUGUGACUAAUACAAUGGACAUUAACUUUAUAACGCAACACAUGGUAGAGGACAGAAUAAAAGUUUGAGUAUUUUUCGUAAGUUACUUAAGUUGAGAUGUUGUCGUGCAUCAUUUCAUUUUAGUUUAUGUUUCAGUUAGGUUUAUUUCAAACAAUAUAUGGUAAUGUUUUAUCAGUAUUUUAGAUCAUUUCAUUUAGCUUAUCUUUUAGAAUAGUUUUUGUUUUUAGUUUAUCUGAAACAAUGUUUUUUAAUUUUUAUGUUUAAUGCGUACUCUGUACUCGGUUCUCUGUUUAUUUUUUUCUUCGUGAAAAAACUCUUCAUAAAAAUGAAAAAAAAAAAUGUUUUAUCGUCUCGGAUGAAUAGCAGAGCGAGACUAUUAUGGCAAGCCAUUUGAUCCAUGAAGGCGAAAAACUCAGUCGCCGAUAAACUUAAUUUUUCGCUGAUAAACUCAGUUUUUGCUGAUCAACUCAGUUCUUCUAUAAAAAACGCACGUUUUUGGACAGAAACUCAGUUUAUUACGGAAAAGCUAGAAAAACCUUAGUUUAUCGCUCGAAAAACCGAGUUUAUUUGUAAUGAUAAUACUUUCGCAGAGAAACUCGGUUUAACGAUGAAAAACUAAGUUUUUCGAGUGAUAAACUUAACUUUUAAUUGAAAAUCUGAAAGACAUACUUCAUUGAGUGAUAAACUGGGUUUUUCACAUAAAAACAGAGUUAUUUGAUAAACUCUGUUUAUCAAGUGAAGAAGUCAUUUUUUUCCAAAUUUGAUAAACUAUGUUUUUCGAUUUCGAUAAUCAUAGUUAUUCACUAUAAUUUGUUUGGUUGUGCAGUCAGAGCUCUAUAGGGGUGCCUGGGUAUGGGCAAGGGUUUUAAAAUAGGGUAAUCAUUGGCAUUUGGUCCAGGGGCGCUGGAAGUGGGGUAAGAGUGGCACUUGCCCCCCC